UCCCACGCCAAGGGCCGACCUGGCCUGCGCCCCAGAGCCGCCAUGAGAUCGGGCGGCGGCUUCGUGAUGGGGCGAGUUCCGCCCGAGGCCCUCUUGAUGGCCUCCGUGGCCCUCCUCCUCGUCCUGCACGCGGCAAGUUCCCAAAGGGACUUCCACUUUAGAAAACAGCCGAAGAAGGACCCGCUGGCCGACUUCCUGUCCCAAACAGCGGCGGCCAUUCGGGAGGCGACGGAAGCGCUGCUCGGGCCCGAGCUCAUGCACUUCUUGGCCGAGAUCUUGCCGACCCUCUCUUCGGCCAUCUCGGAGCUUUGCUUCGUGCUCUCCCGGGUCUCUGCGCGGCUGCUGGACGCCGUGGGGCUGGAGGGGGACUACCUCUCGCGGGGCUUGAAGCUCAGCCCUGACGAAGUUCAGGUCCUCCUCCUGUGGGGACUGGGGGCCCUCGUGGCCUACUGGAUGCUGGCCCUGCUGGGCCAGGGCCUGAAGCUGCUCCUCUUCCUCGUGGCCUUUGUGGUGGUGGUCAGGUCCGUGCUCGAACUCUUCCGGGGAAGGGAAGAAGAGCCUUGGGAGGCCAUCUGACGGACCGAGGGGCUGUACUUGUCAGGCAGAGCGGGACCAAACGGACCACUGCUGAUCGGCGGAAGGUGCGGGGGUCCCGCGGCGUCCCCCUGUGGACAGAGGGAGCUGAGGCGGCUCCUCCCGCGACAGCCACCCUUGUGUCUUUCUCCCGCAAUCAGGGAUGCACGGCCAAGCCCAGCAGCCGCCGGGGAACUCUCCAAGGUCCUUUCAUCCCGGCGGCAGAUGUUGUGGGGGGGGGGGGGCGGUCCCACCAGAUUAGGAUCCCUGUGACCCCCUCAGUGAACUCUAGACCUGCAAGUGUUCCUCAUUCAGAAACCACUCCCUCCGACUCCGAAUAUGGAGAUUUUCCAUCAUAUAAACUAGAUCCACUAAACGCCUCGUAUCCAAUCUGACACAAGUAUUAGGCGCCUACUGUGUGCCAAAUACUGGGCCAAGCUCUGUAAAAAUUAAAAAGAAAAGUACCUACUCAAGGAGGUGGAUGUUUUUAUCCCCCUCGGGGCCUACGGAAUACAGAGCCCGGAAUAUAGUAAGUCCUUUAAAAAUACUCAUUUGGGGUGACUGAUUGUAAGGGGUGAAGUGGGAUGGGGUAGAAUAUAAAAUGCCCAAGGUGAUUGAAGGCCAGAAAACUACUAACUGGCUGUAGGGGAAGACUUCUUGAAGGAGGCAGAGUUUGGAAGCCAGAGAUUCCAAGGCCUAGAAGGAGGUGAGAAGGGAGCGUGUCAGACGUCCCAGCCAAUACAGAGGGACAAACAGCUCACCGAGGGACGGCCGUCAGAAUACUGCGGCUUUCCGGAGCUAGGCCCCAGCAAGCAGCCUGUGCCCUAAGUUGGGCAAAACAGUAAUCCUUCCUUCCCUCCCUGGAACGAUUUCACCCUUUAAGAAAACAUUCCUUGAACCAGCCCUAGUUGUUCUUAUUUUCCAAGGCCAUCCACCACAUAUUCACAGUCCCUGUUCCUCGUCACCAAUGUGUACCGUGUAUUCCUGUCGCAGACUCAGGCCCUGUACCUGACCGGGUGCACAACCCCCAAGACUUGAGACAAUGACUGUUCCCAUGGCACCCAAGACCGUCUGUAUUGUCUUAAAAUGCCAACCAGAAGAUCCGUCUCAAGACCCCAGAACGAUGACGUUGUGGGCUCACCCCUUUCAUGUAUCUAAGUAACCAGUAUCCUUCCUAGGAGAGGGGCUUCUGCCUGCAGGGGUCAUUUUUCUCCCAUCUGAAAUAUUAAAUUUUUGUUUGUGUUCUUA